AAAGGAGACAAAUCUGACACUUCAUUUUCUCCUCUCAUUGAACACAUUUUGAAGAAGGAAAACCUGGAAAAGGCCUUUGAGGUCCUGAAAGCAGCCUACACACGGUUUAAUGAAGAUCCCUUCUUUGCUCAGCAGCUUGCACGGUUGUGUUACACAUACGAGAAGUUUCAGGCAGCCGAAAAAUGGGCAAAUGUAUCCCAGCAAAAAAUGCCGUACAACUCCUAUAUCUUGGAUACAAAGGGCCAAGUGUUCAAAAGAUGGUUCAAUAACAAAUGCAAAAAUCUUAAAGGUGACUUGAGCCCAGAAUCCACAGCAGAUGCAAUUGCAACAGCGUUAAAGGCAAUUGAAUGCUUCAGAUCUUGCGAGGAAGCAGCCAAUUUGGAGCAGGACUCCUUGAAUGAUUCAGGCUACUUCUCAGAAAUUGAAGUAGAAUGUGAUCUUUUGAAUCUAAUUUUGAAAGUAUUUCCACAUGGAGAAAAGGGCCGCUCUGAAUGCAUGCAGUAUUUAGUAAAAGAUCACAUUCCAGAAGGGGUGAAAGAGCCAUGGAACUGUUUUCACAGUAAACUGAAAUUCAUUCACAAGAAUAUGCAUGAUGCCCUCAUGAGAAUUUCAGAAGAUCUGAGCUACUUUCAGACUGACAUCAGUUCAGAUGGUGAUGAAAAAUACAACUCUGACCUGAGAAUAAGGAAUCCAAUAAAAUGGCUUGCGACAAAAACUACCUGGUAUGGAAAAUUUUUCAGAGACGUAGAGUUGCCCUCUAAAGAUGAAAGUCAAUUAUCAACACGCAUGAAAAUUUGUUCUCUUGGAGGUGAUAAUAUUACCAGCAUCUUUUCUCUUUUGUCUGAAAAGAAACAGGUACAACUAGAAUCCAUAAUUACCGUAUACGGUGGGCUGAAGAAGCUUGAUCAAAUAGAACUGGCCAACUACAUAGCAUCUCAGAUAGCCUUAGGGUGUGUUUCAAGUGCAUCCACUCCUUCUAAACUCAAGGAGCUUCAAGCGCGCAGCCAGCAGUUCCCUCAGGACAGAGACAGAUGUCACCCCAAUGCCCUCUUCUUACUCACAUUGCUUUUCUGGCCAGAGGAUGACGACACCAAUCAGGAGAGGGAUAACAAAUAUGAAAUCCUUAUGUCUGCUGUGGAUGUUCUGAAACGAAGCUUCAACAUUAGACGGAAAAAUGUGCCUCACAAAGAGCUGAGAGUUUUCACUCAUUUCUACCUUGGCAAAGGAAGUGGCCUGAGUAAGAUUGUGCAUAAAAGUAUGAUGCGGGCCUUUAAAACAUUCCCAGUGUCACAAAAAAGAAUUAAGUGGUUCGAUGGAUAUAUCUGGAAAACGCCAGAGAUUGUGCACAUGCUGAAACGUGUUCAAGGCUGGACGGCACAUGGAAAUGUCUAUAUCAACGGCUAUAAAGGGAAGGAGAUAAAGAUGCUUGCCCUGAACUCUGAUUCAGUACCUGAUGGUAAUGAGAAUGUUGAAUUUUACGUGGGAUUUACAUUUCAAGGACCUGUUGCUUGUGGCAUCACUGUCUGUGAUGAGAAAGAGCAAUAAGGAACAAGGGAAAGGGUCAAUAGAUUUGAGUCCAUAGUCCAGUUGUAUUAAUGUCGUGUUUCGUCAGUGAAAUGUAUCACCUACAAAUCAAUUAAGUUUGUAAUAGUUAUGUAAUAUUGGUAUGACUAUAAAUAGCUGUAAAUAUGUAAAUACUUUUUUGCAUACACACACACACUCCAGUUGGUCAACUGCUGUUCUUUUAAAUUUGAUAUAUAAAUAAAAUUGACUUGACAUGACAUGACAUGAAGAAAUAAUGUAUUAGACAUUGUAUUGCGCUGUCUUUGGUGCUCUGACCCAUCAACACCCGUCUGUUCCAGGAACAGCUCUACUAGCCUACACCAAUCUAUGUUCCCUAAAUGCUCUUAGUGUUCCCCUUUGCCUGCUGAUUUUAAUAGCCUUAUUACGUUCUUGUUUUGUUUCGAAGAUAGUUGUAUAGCUCUUGCUACAAUAUUACUUACAUGUUACUACCAUAUUACUUGCAUUUGUACUGGGCAUUCAUUGGAAGCUCAGUCUACCUGCACUUAUGCCUAGUGAAUUCCUUGACAGACAUAUGUUUGUAACAUGCGAUUUGUCUAACUUGUGACUUCGUACAAAAGCGUAAAUAAAGUAUAUGUGAAUACA